AUGAUCAAAUCUGCAGAUGCGGGAGACCAGGUCGCAGAUCGAAGUGUCAUCGAUGGCAGCCUUGAUUGCGAGAAACUUCAUUGGCAAUUGCCCGGAAGAAUGUGUGGUGCUGCUCCAAGCACGUUACCAUUGCCUCCGUCGUAUCGAUAUCACCACCUGCCGAUUGGCGAGUUCCAGCUCUGGAGACAUCUGUGCUUGGGGAUUUGCUUCACCUUUCUGGCCUGGCAAUUCUGCGAAGCAGACAUUGUGGGGGGCAAUUUGGAGCGCGGUAUUGCCUUCUAUCUGCAGAGGUGGCAACGACUGGCGGAGCCUUCGAAUGAGCGACCUGGCAUCCUCUGGGAUGGUCGCAACCAUCUUCUUGGUGGUUCGUCACUGCCAUUCGAAGAUGCCAUGGAAAGGAAAUUGCACAUCGGGAUGCGCCGCCUACACUGCUGA